AUGCCGACCUCGCUGCAUCCGCAGGCAAAAUUCGAUCCUAUACCACCUGAUCUAGACUUGUAUAGUCUAGUAGACAAGACCUCCAACUUCCAAUGGGUCCAGCGCGUUUCAAGAAGCCAAAUACGCAGCCUUGGCCAACAGGAGUUUGAGAAGCUUGUGUUGAUUCACGUUAUCAUUGGCGGCAAGCCUCUGAUCAUUGACGGAUGGGAUGGAGUUCUCCCAAAAUCACUUUUUGAUGUCGCUUGGUUAGAAAAGACACAUGACAAGACACAGGAGAAUGUGAGAGACAUCGCCGCUGGGGCCGACAUCCCUAUGACGAUGGGCCACUACCUGCGAUCAAUGCGACAACUGGCGAACCAGUGGACCCCCACCAACUUCCGCGACGAGCGACGACAGCGUCUCUACCUCAAGGAUAUUGACUGCCCUCCAGAGUGGCAUGAUGCACUACAAAAAGUUAUUCACCCGAACCUGUUUUAUCUAAACGAGAAUGCCAGCGAGGCCGGAGGCUCACACCAAGAUGAAACAGCAUUCCGCGAUGAAGCUGCAGCAGCACCAGCCGGUGAUCUAAUGUCAAGCUUGCCAGAGGAGAUGCGCGCCCAAAACCUCAUGUGUUAUGUUGGACAUGAAGGUACAUACACCCCAGCGCAUCGUGAAAUGUGUGCAUCCCUAGGUCAAAAUAUCAUGGUGGAAGCCUCCGGCGACGAGAAGGGUGAGAAAGCAGGCAGCUCGAUAUGGUUUAUGACGGAAAGCAAAGAUCGUGAGGUUGUGCGCGAGUACUUCCUUUCCAUGCUAGGUCACGAUAUCGAAAUUGAGAAGCACUUUGCUCAAAUCAACGCGUGGAAGAAAGCGCCUUUCGAUGUAUACAUUGUCGAACAGAAAGUCGGCGAUUUCAUUCUAAUUCCACCCCUGGCAGCACACCAAGUUUGGAAUCGAGGUACUCGAACAGUAAAGGUGGCAUGGAAUCGUACAACUGCAGAAACUCUUGAGAUGGCUUUGCAUGAAGCGCUUCCAAAGGCUCGCCUUGUCUGUCGUGAUGAACAGUACAAAAACAAAGCGAUCAUCUUCUUCACUUUACAAAAGUACUACCGUCAACUUCAAAAGCUUGAAGAGAAUGCAGAAAUGACUUCCAUGAGCUUUAUGGGGAUUAGACAAGACAUUCUCAGGAGCUCCCCUCGUGCCAAGCAACUUGCCGGUGACUUCAAGAAGCUCUUUGCGCUCUUUACCGAAAUUCUGCUUGACGAGAUGUUUGCAUUUAAAGAAAAGGAGGUGGAGUUUAUUGAGUUCGACUCUUGCAUUACUUGUUCAUAUUGCAGAUCCAACAUCUUCAACAGGUUUCUGACAUGUAAGCACUGCACUCGCAUGCUCGUCAACGGUGAUGAGGACACAUACGAUUGGACAUGGACUGAUUUGGUCAAUAAUUACGAGGACUGGCGCUCUAUGAUUAUCAAGAACGAUGGGUUCGUUGACUUUGAGUCUUCGCCGCAACCCCUCGAGAUUGCCCGGCAGCGUUCUGCGAAGAAGUCUCUGGCACAAAUUUGUCAAGAAGCCUUGAGAAGGCGCCCAUGGAAGGAUAUCACCCAGCCGGAACGUGAGCUUACACCAAGCGAAUCGGAGCCGGAAGUUGAUGGAGAAGGAAAGCCCAAGAAAAAAUACAAGAGGAAGAAGAAACGAGGAGAGCUUCGACGAUGCCAUAGCUUUCGACAUGUUACCACAGAAGGUCCUGGAGGAUGA